AAAAGUGGUUUUAGAAAUGUCAGAAGUUACACUUUGUUAGACCGCAUGAACAGUGUGUUUACGUUUGCUAACACAAAUUCAGAUAUUACUCAUUCGCAAAAGAUGUGGAUAACUGGUUGAUCAACUUAAAAAGCGAUAAAGAUAAAUUCCGGCGAGAUGACAGACAGUAAGCUGGUCAUCUGGUUGGCGAUCCUUUCGCGGGUUUUGAUAAUCAUACUGCAAUCAUUUUCGAAUUUAUUCUUCCCCGAUCAUGAUGCAAAAGUGUUUGUAUCUCCACUCACACCGCCAUUAAAUGGAUCAUCCACCUGCCAUUCAAUAAUUGACACAAUUUUCGGCGGUUUCAGACGAUGGGAUGCUGAGUAUUUUCUACACAUUGCUGAACAUGGAUACACCUACGAAAAUACGCUCGUUUUUUAUCCACUGUUCCCGUUUUGUGUGCGAUACAUAACCAACAUUGCCCACACGAUUCUUGGCAUUGAAUGUGAAUUCCGUGACUUAAGCCUCGUUGUUGCCGUUGUGCUGAACGUGAUUUUCUUUGUAAAAGCCGCUCUAGUUCUUCAUCAACUUACCAUUGAAACGUUCAACAACUAUCGUUUGGCUCGUAUCGUGGCAACAUUAUUCUGUAUCAAUCCAGCAUCGAUUUUCUUCAGCGCUCCAUACACGGAGAGUUUGUUCUGUUGGUUAAGCUUCAGCGUUAUGCUACAUUGUGCGCGGAAUGAAAUUCGAGAUGCAAUUUUGCCACUUGCAUUGAGUUUAUGGUGUCGAUCCAAUGGCUUGUUGAAUUUCGGCUUCAUUUUGUAUUAUGUAACGCGAGAUAUUUGGUCCAAGGGAACCACGAAUUGGAUACAUUUUCUCAAGGGAUUUUUCAAAGUAUUAUCCUGUGCCAUUGUGGCUGGCAUUGCAUUUGUAAUCGUUCAAGCGUACUACUUUUCACUCUAUUGUGAAGGAAAUCCAUUGGAAAUGAACGAAGCAGUGCUAAACUAUGGGAACAAGAAUAAUUUCCUUUUGGCUGGACACCAAAAACCGCAGUGGUGCUCAUUUGCGGUGCCAUUUUCAUACUCUUACCUGCAGGCGUACUAUUGGAAUGUCGGGUUUCUGAAAUACUACGAAUUUAAACAAAUUCCCAAUUUUCUACUCGCCGCACCAAUUUUAGUCAUGAUAAUAUCGGACGCAGUUCGAUUUUUAAUUGAAAAUCCAAUAAUUGCAAUGCGUCUUGGAUUGAUUCACACAAAAGAAAACGCAGAAAAAUCAAGUCAAUUUGUAUACGUAAUUCAUGCACUUGUUCUGAGCAUUUUUUGCUUACUCUUCGUUCAUAUUCAAGUGUCGACACGAAUGCUAGCCUCAUCAUCACCGUAUAUUUACUGGAUAUGCGCGCAGCACUUCCAGAAAGAGCAUCAUCAAAAUUCAUUCAAAGCAUUUCUACAGCCCAAAUCGCACAGCACCAAAUUCAUCAAGGCUUGGUUCCUCGGUUAUUUUGUUAUUGGAACCGUUUUAUUUAGUAAUUUUUUGCCAUGGACUUAAGAUUCUCUUUUUAUUAAACCAAAGUUAGGUACAACUGAAUGAUGUAACCCGUCGAAGUAUUUAUGCAAUAAAUUAGAUUUAAGCCAUGCUGAA